GCGUGCGGCCCCUGCGAGGCAGCACGCGGGGCGUUUGUCGCUUUAAACGCGCUCGACGCCGCUCUGUUGCGGUGGAGGUGGGCUGCAGUACGUGACAGUGUGCUCUUCUUCGGCAUUCUCUCACAGCACCGUCGACCUUUGGAUCCCGGGCCCUGCAGCAGCGCAGACCCUCCUCUGCUUCCUAUUCGUCGUUGACAGGGCGCGCGCGCGCACAUACACUCACGCUAGCGGUGCUUCACGUGCGACUACGCACGUUAUGUAUCGUGGCGCGAGCGCUCGUCGUGCAGCUGGAGCUCAAGGUCCCCUGGUCUUUCAUCGUAACGCUUGAAUAUCAGCCAGAUUCUCCGCGUCCCGUCGCGAGAACAGCACGAGCCGCCGCCAGCUGCGACCCCGCAGGCUCGGAGGCCCACGGAACGCACUGACUGCGUGUCACGGAGACUCCCGCGGCGGAAGCCAGGUCGGACCGCGGCGGUGGACGCAGCCAUGGCCGAGAAACGGGUUUCGCGCUGGUACUUCGGGGGGCUGGCUUCCUGCGGAGCCGCGUGCUGCACGCAUCCUCUGGACCUGCUCAAGGUUCACCUGCAGACACAGCAGGAGGUGAAGAAGAGGAUGAUGGGGAUGGCAGUUCAUGUGGUGAAGAGCGAUGGGGUGCUGGCUCUUUACAGUGGCCUCUCCGCCUCCCUCUGUAGACAAAUGUCUUAUUCCCUCACCAGAUUCGCCAUCUAUGAGACCGUGAGGGACAUGAUGGGGAGCACAAGCCAAGGCCCCAUGCCCUUCUACCAGAAGGUCCUGCUGGGAGCCUUUGGAGGUUUCACUGGUGGGUUCGUCGGCACGCCGGCAGACUUGGUGAAUGUCAGAAUGCAGAAUGAUGUGAAACUACCACUCGAACAGAGGAGGAACUAUAAACACGCUAUUGAUGGGCUCUACCGAGUCUUUAGAGAAGAGGGACUAAAGAAACUGUUCUCAGGAGGCACCAUGGCCUCUAGCAGAGGGGCAUUGGUCACCGUAGGACAGCUGGCGUGCUACGACCAGGCCAAACAGCUCGUGUUGGGAACAGGCUUCAUGGGAGAUAAUAUAUUGACACACUUUCUUUCCAGCUUCAUUGCUGGAGGCUGCGCCACAUUCUUGUGUCAGCCUCUGGAUGUAUUAAAGACCAGGCUGAUGAACUCAAAGGGAGAGUACACUGGGGUGGCGCAUUGCUUACGGGAAACUGCAAAACUGGGUCCUCUGGCAUUUUACAAGGGUCUGGUGCCAGCCGGGAUCCGUUUGAUUCCCCACACCGUGCUCACCUUCAUCUUCCUGGAGCAGCUAAGGAAGCACUUUGGCAUUCCCAUCGUCUCCUGAAGGCACCUGUGGGACCACUUCACUCACUGUCAGUCACAACAUCUCGUCAUCACUCUGCCUUAUGAUUUGCCCUCAGAUUUAGAAGGACAAAGGAGCAUGUACCUUUUCCUCUACCUCGCUUCCACGACUACACACUAACGUUUUUCUCUUUCAAGUGCUGUGAAAGCUGAAAUGGGUAAAUACUGGAACAACAGAUGAUUUCCUACACUGAAAAAUGUGAUGCUGAAGAAAUGCUUUACUAAGUGUAAAGGUGCUGGGUAGAAAUUAUUAUAACUUGAAAAAAUUAUUGUUUAAUAUAACUGUUCCUUAAUGUUUCAGGUACUUAAUUAUUACUUAUAAAAAAUGUUUUUAUCUAAUUUAAGUUGAAAUGAAUGAUUCAUGUUUUAAUCUCUUAAAGCCUCAGUAGCUGUGGUGUGAGGCUUUCAGGGCCCACACCAGUCUAACGGUUACCGUUGCCACAUUGGAGGAAGGUUGUGUUAAUGAAGUGUGGUCUCAUGAUCAGUGCCAUUCUGACCAGAUGAUGUUAUUUUUCCAGCCCCUGCCAAAAUGUCUGUGAACAAGUAUCAAGUCAUUACAUGUUGUAAUCAUUCCCAACAGUAUUGGCAAAAUGUGUUGUACCUUGAGUUUUUCCUUCUUUCCCAAUUGGGAUGUUUUAAAUGUUCUGUAAAUUGGUUUCUUUGACUUUUACCAGAGUCUCAUAUACUUCAUUCCACUCCUGCCACAAGUUACAUCUAUGAGAAAAAGAGGACCAAGUUUUGUUUUCAGGGAAUUACUGUGGAAACUGACAAAGCAGCUGGCCAAAGUUUCUUAGUUGUCCAGUCCUGGUCAAACUGUGAGUCUCUGAAGCUCCUGCGCUCCACCCUCUUCCCCAAGAAGCUUGUGAACAACUGUAGAACAAUACAAGUAUACGUGUGGAAUUUCCAUCUGUAAUGUUAGCCAACAUUAUAGACAGGUUUUGUAGCCAACAAUGUGUCAAACCUUAAGACUCAGGACACUCUUCCGUUUAUUGUUAGACACUUUAUUAAAAUACUACACACUUAAGUAGAAACACAUGCUUGACACUAAAACCUGCUCUGAAGGUAGCACUGUUAGAUGUUUUUAAUUCAAGAUGUUUGAUUUAGUCAUUCUUCCACAUUAUGUUUGAUUUGUUCACCUGGUUCUCUGUAAUGUGCCUGAUCUGCUGACAAAGCCUUGCCAGAUAACGUUGCCUUACACUGGGUGUCCUGCAGGGGGCGGUGUAGUAAUGCAUGAGGUGCUGUAUUCUGGAUACUCAUGAGUUCUGCAACCUUUUCCCAGAACACAACUUAACCAGCGCCACAAGCUCAGACCUGGAACAACGCCUCUAUUUGCCUACAUCUUCUCAGUAAACGUGUCAAAAAUAAAAGUGGCUCACACUUACACUUUUAUUUACUUUACUUACACUCGUCUACAAAAAGGAAACUGUCAGGGUGAUUAUUACAAAAUUUAUAUUUUGUAGCUGAUUAACAAAUAACUUUGGAAUAAAAUGCUAAUUUUU